UCAUCUGUUCUGGUCCUGUGUUUAUGAUGAUUAGCAGAAGACUUGCGCGCAUACCUAACCUAGGCGUUGUGGGCGGGGAGCAGCGUUUUGCCGUUGCCGGAGUGAGAGGCGGACUUUCCGGACCGUCCGGACCCAUGUCUUUCCGUGAAUCGGAGCGAUGGCGGUUUUUCCAGCACAUCCUCGGCCUGGGGGGCGUGAGUGCCCGGCCAGCGAGCCACAGUUCCCCGUCCUCGCCAGGGACGUCUCGCUCGCUCUCGGAAGACGAGGGGUCAGGAUACUUGUUUGGUGCAGGCGACAAGGCCAACAAUUUCAGGAGAGAGAGCACCAUCGACGACGAGGCCAAGGUGGUGGGUCUGCUCAAAGAGAUCCUGGCCUAUCAAGACACAAACAUGAGCAACUGGAUCAUUGAGAGCAAAGUUAAGGCAUUGUGUGCGGCAUAUUCCUAUUUACUGAAGCCUCACAAAGAGGGAUUCCUGAAAGUGUUGGCGUGCGAGUUUGCCGUUGACCACAAUGUGGUCCGGAAAGCUGCUGAACAAAUGGCCCAGCUACAGGAAGAGGAACAUCUUGGGAAACUUUUUAUGAAGCUCGAAGAGAAGUUGAAAAGUUCUCUCACCCCACAGUAUUCAUGGCUCUUUAUGCAUGUUGGUCGCUUAGAACGAGGGGUAAAAUUCUUGGUGGAUCUAAGAACAGAUGUUCUGGAUCUAUUAUCGCAGCUAGAAGCCUUUGAUCCAGCCCUGGUUCCAAUGCAAAGACUAAACAGCACUCUUCGUGAAUUGUUGUCAAUGUGGUUUUCUGUUGGAUUUCUUUCAGUAGAGAGAGUGACUUGGAAAUCUUCUUGUGAAAUGCUUCAGAAGAUAUCUGAAUAUGAAGCUGUACAUCCUGUGCGGAGUUGGACUGACUUGAAGCGUCGAGUUGGAUUAUAUAGAAGGUGCUUUGUGUACACACACAACAGUAUGCCUGAUGAACCUAUUGUGGUGUUGCACAUAGCAUUGUGUGAUGAAAUUUCAUCAAGUAUGGCUGGGAUAGUUGCUGCAGCCUCUCGUCUCUCUGUUGAUGCUUCCACGUCCGACAUGGGUCUCCUUGGACUGAGAUCUGAAACUGAGGACCCUUCUCUUGUAAAAUCGGCUGUGUUUUAUUCCAUCACCUCUACUCAAAAAGGGCUUAAAGGCAUUGAACUUGGAAAUUAUUUAAUCAAACGGGCUGCUCAAGAAGUCCAGGCUGAAUUUCAACAAGUAACUCAGUUCUCAACUCUUUCACCUAUACCUGGAUUUAGAUCCUGGCUCAAUGAUAAACUCAAAGCAGCUGAUAGAGGUGAAAAUGAAGUGCUGUCUCAGGAGGAAGAUUUAGCCUUACAAAAGAUACUAGGUCAAAAUUGGCCUUCAGAUCUUCAAAAACUUCUGAAAUCCAAUGCAUGGUUGGAAAAUGAAGAGUUAGUAGCUUUUUUGAAAGAACCACUCAUGCGACUAUGUGCUCGGUAUCUUUAUCUGGAAAAGCACAGGAGUGCAGCCCUUAAUGGCGUUGCUAAUUUCCAUUUGAAAAAUGGAGCAGUCAUGUGGCGUAUAAAUUGGCAAGCCGAUUUGUCACCCAGAGGAUUAGGAAAUUCCUGUGGCAUCAUGGUUAACUAUAGAUACUAUCUUGAAGAUACCGAGAAAAACAGCCGUAACUACUUAGAACUUAAUAAAAUUAAUGCUUCAGAGCAAGUUAUGCAGCUAGCUGCCAGUGCCGAGCGUCUCUCAGUCCAGCUUCAGUCGAAGAUGUGACACACAGCAAACACUGCAUCCUGACAGUAUCUUGAAAUGAAUGGAUAUUGAUACUUGGGCAGGCAACAGUUUGCUUUGAUAAAAUGUCAGUUUGCUUCCUAAAUGAAUUGAUAAAUCAAAAUGUUGUCAUGUUGUUGCAGUCUCUCAUAAGAGUUCAGGUCUUUAUGUGAAUAAUAAGGGUAAAAAUACGACUGCAAGCAUAUUAUAUUUUAUAACGGCUGUGAUAUACCAUUCAACACAUAUUUAUUAAUAGCAUUUAGAAUAAUAGACUUUGCUGAGGCAUUGCAGGUUGUAUGGUUUGGUUUAGUCUCAAAGUUGAGUCAUUGUGUUUGCUAAGUCAUUUUUUCUGAGAAUUUAGGUGGUUUUGGGAAGUUAAAUAUUUGUUAAUGUUUAUAGAUCUCAAUUCUCAUGUAGUUCGUGACACCUUUUUAAAGAUGAACUGUAAAGAAAACUUGCGUGACUUCCUAUUUGUUUCUUGUUUGCCUUUUUAAACAUUAAUUUCAGUGACUGUUGUGCCUAUUUUUGGCUCAGCUAUCUGUGAAUUUGUUAUCAGUUUUGAUUUUUUUAAGAAUAUAGAACAUGUUUCAAGAA